UAGUGGGGUAUAAUGUUUGUGUUUUGAUUGUGUAUUUUGCAUUUAUUGUUUCAUUUGUGUUUGUGUAAUGUAUUGUUAUUGUAUGAAUUCACUGGAUCAAAUGGAUAGACCUUUAAAACAAUCUUGGCACGCCAGAUAAACGUAUAAUCGAAGUCGUUUUUGUAUUAUGACGCAGCAUGAUGAAGUUAGCAGGUCUCGUAAGAGGCUUUUCGAUGCUCUCGGUAGCAAUGCGAGCAAAUAACCCCACAGCCAGACGUCAUAUGGAUUAAUAUCAAGUGAUCUGGAUGGCCAGGCUGUAGGGAAAUGGCGGCUGAUAAUUCUAGUAUUUCCAAAAUGCUUCUGCAGCAGCUGUCGCCACUGCUGCUGCUGCUGCUGCUACUGCUACUACUGCAUAUGAUGGAGACAGCUGACAUUAAGGCCCCGACUGUUGGUGGAGCUGAAACUGGUAUCUGGUGCUUUUGCGAUUAUGGUUUCAAAUGAAGAAAAGCAAGGAAGAAUUUGAUCAGUCGGCUAGGAAGCUCUUAACGUCAGAUCAAGUGCACCUACACAAUGCAUUUAUUAUUACCUUGAUCACAAAAUGUCACCGCCUUUCUCCGCAUCCACCUUCUAUCUAUGAAAAUUCAGGCCGUGGCCGUGGAGGAAAGGGCCGCCGUCGCAACCGUGCUGAACGUGGUGGUUUUGAACCUGUGGACGUUUUUGACUACAUGCUUCCUAUGCAACAAAUACCGUCACAUGCGCAACAGGAUGCUGUUCGACUUCUGGCCCAGGAAAGGUUUCUGCCAGAUUUUCCAUUUAUGUAUAGUCGGACUAUGCUUGGUGCAUGGGAGCAUGGUCUUGAAGGGGCAGAGGAUGGUGCUGUAAAGCUUAUUAUGUCAGCAGUGUUGGCAUUGCUGCGCAACAUUAUAUUUGCAACGAUUUGUCGCAGAAAAUCCUUUCAUGUUCUUGACAGUCGUUCUCCAUAUGGUGUUAAUAAACCAUAUAUUAACAAAUGGCUCAGGAGGAAGCUGGAUAAACCUCUUAGGUGUAGUGUUUUAAGGGGAAAGCCUGAUGAAAAGGGAGCAUCAUGCAGCCGACUUAGAUUUCUUGGACCAACAUACGAAGAAAUGGAGCAACGUUAUAUAUUUGAACUCGCAUGUUCAUCUCGGCAGCCUCCACCCAACAGGCCAAUAAGCUUAUAUGACCUACUUGAAACAGUGCAGGUGCAUCGAAAUGUGAUUCCAUCUGCAAGUGUAAUGUCUCUUCUGGAGGAGAGAAUUUUUGAUCGCCUAAUUCACCGGACUCAUGAGGAGAUGAGGGCUAAGCGUGUUCUUGAUAACUCAAUGUUUCUUUCAACUGAUCACCAUAAUUCCACAUUUAAAUCAAACAAUGAAAUGUGAGUGAAAAGGUUCAAUAGUACAAAUUAAAUCAAUUUCACAGGUGUUCAUAUCCACAUUUCUGCAGAAAACAUAAUAACGGAAUGUUACAUUGCUUGUAAAAAUUCAAGAAAACCAAUCAUAUUUAAGAACAUUUGCAGCAUAUUGCUAUAAGUAAAGUGUGAAUAUUCAGUUUUGUAAAUUACAAUUAUCUGACUGCUCCUGUUGUGAAAUAAUAGCUAUUUUCACAUAUUGAAAUCGUGGAGAUAAGCGAAUGAAGAUUUUGAAAGAAGGGAAUAUGAUUUGGUGUGAAGAGUGAAGGAAGAGAAGGAAGAAGUGACAAACAUGUGACAGCCUGUUCCAGUUAAUUUUUCAAAAAAUGGGAACUGGAGAGGGAUGUUUAUAGGAUUGUAAUUAAGACAUUUACUCUUGAAGUUGGUGAAAAGAAAGACACAGAAACGUGAACUGCAGAGAUCAUUUUUGUACCUGGUAUACCCUCUAAGUUGGUAGUUCCCAUGCUUGCACCUAGCCUAUUGGUGAUAGUCUACAUGAUCAGGUGGCACAGGAGUGCAGCAUUUUAUUUAAAUUAUUUCUUCAGUGUAGGAAUCGUGUGUUGAACAGUGAUGAAAUAUCCAGGAAUUCUUAACAGUAGACCCUUACUACAUUCAAGACACACAUGAUUACUUGAAAUAAACUUUGUUUGAUAGUCUUUGAAGUAAUCUUCAAAAUAAAGCCCACUAUCUGCAGUAUGUGCCCAUUACUUUCCAGUAGUUCUAUUAUGAGACAUAGCCUCAAAUUUUUCUUUGCAUCUUCCUUUGCCUUUUCAGUGCUCUGAUAAACAAUAAAUGCACUGUACACUUCAACAUUAAUGGCCUUCUCAAUAUUUUC